AUGCAUUCUCUGUCCAUUUAUCAACAAGAGGGCACAACGCCAAAUGUUGAUGUGGUACUCACUUCCAUUACAUACUUUCAAAGAGAGAGCAGCGACGAUCGAGCCUUUCUGGGAAGGAUCAAGUUUGACUAUCUCGUUGUCGACGAAGGUCAUCUUUUGAAAAACGCUCACGGAUUACGCUACAAGAACCUGGACCAAUUCAGAAUGUGUCAUCGGCUCUUGCUAACUGGCACACCAGUGCAAAACAGUCCACAAGAACUGAUGGCUUUGCUUUGCUUCCUGAUGCCGCUCUUCUCGCAGAAAACGGGCGAGUUUGAUGAGCACGAUUCCGACGGUGGAUUGAGCAUGCUGCAGCACUUUGUGAAUUUGCAAGAAGGCAAUGGUGGAAACAAAGAGAGUACUAAUGAGUUUGCGUACCGAAAACUCAACCAACUCUUUGCCCCAUUUGUGCUGCGGAGGCGAAAGAAAGACGUCCUUAGUCAGAUCAUCCCGCCAAAAACAUAUCAGGUUGAAAUGGUCGAAUUGGGAGAUCAAGCCCGAACAAUCUACAACGAUGUCAUUGCGAGUCACAUCAAAGCCAAAAAGAACAAGACGAACCGAGCAAGUGACCAUCUCUUCACAGCUCUUCGAAAGGCCGCACAUCAUCAUUCACCCUUUCGGCGGCAAUGUAAUUGCUAA